UAUUAGGUGGCAGCAAGGAAGGCGGAACUUCGCCAUGGGGUACGACAGAAGCUGGGUGUUGGUUAAUGAAAGCGACCAUGCCCCGUCCCAGGCUGUCACCGGAGCUCUGGAGACGGGGAACGCCUCGGCCGGGCAGAUGGUGUGGCAGGGUCGGAAUGUCAGCGAGGCGGGCGCCGUGGAGAGCGAGGAGCACAGCGAGGAGCAGAGCUACCGGCACUUCACCACCACCGUGCAGGUUGUCAUCUUUGUGGGCUCUUUGCUGGGUAACAUCACGGUGCUGUGGUCAACAUGCAAAACAUCGCUACUCAAAUCGGUAACAAACCGGUUCAUUAAGAAUUUGGCCUGCUCGGGGAUCUGUGCCAGCCUAGUCUGUGUGCCUUUUGACAUUGCUCUUAGUGCCAGUCCACACUGCUGCUGGUGGAUCUAUACCAUGCUCUUCUGCAGAAUUGCCAAGUUUCUGCACAAAGUCUUCUGCUCAGUGACCAUCCUUAGUUUUCCAGCCAUUGCUCUUGACAGAUACUACUCUGUUUUAUAUCCUCUGGAAAGAAAAAUAUCUGAUGCAAAAUCCCGAGACCUGGUUAUCUAUAUCUGGGUCCAUGCAAUAGUAGCCAGCAUUCCAGUAUUUGCUGUGACCAAUGUGUCUGAUAUUUAUGCCAUGUCCACUUGCUCUGAAUCUUGGAGUUAUUCCCUUGGGCACCUGAUAUAUGUCAUCAUCUAUAAUAUCACCACUGUGAUUGUACCGGUGGCAGUGGUAUUUCUCUUUAUGAUUCUUAUUCGCAGAGCGCUGAGUGCCAGCCAGAAGAAAAAAGUCAUCAUAGCUGCAUUAAGGACCCCUCAGAAUACAGUUUCUAUCCCAUAUGCCUCCCAGCGAGAAGCUGAGCUCCAUGUCAUGCUGCUUUCUAUGGUUAUGAUAUUUAUCUUCUGCAGUGUCCCCUACGUGACUCUGGUGAUUUACCGCACCAUCCUCAAUAUUUCAGAUAUUUCAGUCUUCUUGCUCCUCACUGCUAUUUGGUUGCCCAAGGUCUCUUUGCUGGCCAACCCUUUGCUAUUUUUAACUGUUAAUAAAUCGGUACGGAAGUGCUUAGUGGGGACAAUAGUACAGCUGCACCGAAGGUUCAGCAGGAGAAACAUUGUCAGCUCGGGUGGUAUUGCAGAUGAUAAUCUAGAACCCAGUGUCCAUUCAGGAAGCCAGCUUCUGGAGAUGUUUCAUAUUGGGCAACAACAAAUCUUCAAGCCGAUGGAAGAUGAGGAGAAUGAGACCAAAUCCGUUGGCUCUGGUGGCUUUCAACGGAAAGAAAUUCCUAGCACCAGUUUAGAGCUCGGACAGACUUCGGUUCACAGGUUUAUACCACAGACGAUUGCAGACUCUGCAGCUCAGGUGGCCCCAGCUGUGCCCACAGAAGCUGAUACAGUAAAUGACAAGUAUUCCAUGCAGUUUGGUUUUGGACCCUUUGAGCUGCCUCCACAGUGGCUCUCAGAAAACCGAAACAAUAAGAAGCGACUCUUGCCUCCUUUGGGGAAUACCCCUGAAGAGCUAAUCCAGACAAAACAGCCUAAGUGUAAAGCAGAAAGAAAAGUCAGCAGAAACAAUAAAGUCAGUAUCUUUCCCAAGGUGGAUUCUUAGUAAGAGCAGGAGCUUUAAGUGACAGAGGAUGGUCACUUUAUAUUACAUUUUUGAUCCCAUGGAUCUUUAUUAUGUUGAAAUUUGUUACAGCCUGAUUUUUUUUUUGCCAAAUAUAAGUUAAAUGAACAAACAAAAGAAAAACAUAUAUACAAGUGUUCCUUAUUAAUAUAACAUACUUAAUGAAAAUAAUAUAUUAAAUAUAUAUGGAAAUUUGUAGUUUGAUCUCUGAAAUCCCUACAAUUAUAUCUUGUUUUUAACUUUCAAAAGUACAUAUGAAUUUGGGAACUAUUUUAAUGGCUGAAUUAUGGAAAUACAGCAGUUGGUUUUCUGGGAAACGUUAUGUUGUAUUAAAAUGGACUGGGCAUCAAAGUACUUUAACAGGAAAGGCUGUAGAGAGCAGAAGACAUGCAGAAUGGUAAGUCCUACUCUCCCACAAAUAGACACAAGAUUCUGCACAUUUCAUUAAUGAAGUAGGAUGGAUAUUAAGUGCAUUUGUUUUCUGUCACGUGCAUUUAUUUGAUCAGUGUUAAAACCUGCUGGAUUUUUUUGCACAAAUUAGUUACCAAGCAUCUGUCAAGCAUCUAAAAUAUUUUAAAACCUGAACCACUGGUUUUUGGCUUAAAACAUCCACAAAGUCAAGAAUACCCAAAUCAUCAUGCAUGUUAAACCCCAGAAAGACCUUUUUAUAAAGAUCCCACAUAUAUUCUUGUAGCUUUAAGUAAAAACUGGAUUGGAGACCAUGCAGGACAAAUUCUGACUCCAAUAAACAAAUACGUAUGUGCUAAGAAUCCUGUGAUAAAGGGCAUAUACAAAUGUCCUUUAAGUGUAAAGUAUGUAUUAAGUAACUACGGGGUAAGCCUUGAACUAAACUUAGCUGAUGGUGCACUCUGCUGUUUUCUUAUGGGAAAGCAAGGAAAUGAAAGAAAUGGGUGUGAAAUGUUAGUGGCCUUUCUCUGAGUGUGAAAGUCUCAGUUUCUGUCUCACUCUCACACAGAGAGAGAGACUCACAGAGAGGGAUUCUGAGUGUUUCAAUGACUGUGGAACUGUUGGGUGAAGAAGUUGGCAAGAGACCUAAAAAGGCAAAGGUUUAUUAGUGCUGUUGCUCGAUAUUGCCAGAAGUUUUCCUUCAAUCUUCACAGAUACAGAUACCAACCUUCCUGCUCCACUCAUCUUGCAGAGCAGACCAUCCAGUGUAUGAACACAAGACUUUCAAAUCUGGUGCCUAAUUCCUGAGCGAGUCAGUCAUGCCAGCCUUGGUAUCAGCUUGGCAGCCUUUCUGUGAGAGUUCAGGCAUUGUGCUGCAGCUUGCCUCUCUGCAUAAUCACAGGCAUAUUGUCUCAUUUAUACUGAAUGUGAACUUUAAACUCUAUCCAUCUGUUAGGUGACAUAAAACUAUUGCAGCCCUGACAUUUUAGCUCUCGUUCAGUUUCAAGCAGUCCUUCAUCUGCACUCACUGUUGUCUCUGUGGGUGGUUUCUUAAAAGCACAAUCUUGUAACACCUGUUUGCUCCUUGUGGUUUUCCUGUACUUCAGCCCUUUGCUGCAUGCUGAACCUUUAUCUGUGAUUACUGUCUGUCUGUGAAAGUAGUUUUCUUUAAAGCAUACUUUAAAAGGGACAAGGUGAAGAAUCUUGACAAGUUCAAAGAAACUUACUAAAUCAAAUCAGUUAAUCUUAAAAAUAAGAAGAAAUUCUGCUAAAGCAGAAUGUACCUUUUCUUCCUUCAACAUGAUUGAAGGAAGUCACCAGCUUCUGAUGGCCCCAAGGUUGUGGAUUUCUACAAGUCAUUAAAAGCAAAUGUUUUAAUAAAAAUGUAUUUAAAGUGUAUAAAUUACUGUGUAAAAUAUGUUUUUUCUCCAUUUCCUCUUUGAUUUCAGUGCAUUUCACUUUUUGCUAGUUCAAGAGCUUCUCAGUUUGGGAGUGAGGAACAGUCAUCAAGGGGUCCAGAUGGGUGGUGGGAGCCCGAGUUGCCCUUCUUAGAUACAGAGAUGAGAAGACAAGACAUAGCUUGCCCGAAAUCAGACAGAAGAAAGAUUCCAGAAAAAAAUUGGUCCUUCUGUGGCAGAGGUGGAGAAGUACUACAGCAUGCAUUUUUUUAAAGUGCCAAUAAAAAGUAAUUUAAUAGAGUGUUUCUUUUUCCAAAAUUAGAGAAAGAACAGAUGCCAUUGAGAAAAUCUUGAAAACCUAAAAAUCAAAUUAGGAGUUGUAGUUUCCUUAUGAAUUUUGGCUAAGUUUAACAUUCUUGUCUCGCUUACAUAUAGGUACUGCUCAAAAUCUCUGUGAUUUCUGAAUGUGGAUAUAUGUUUACUCAUAUCUGAACUCCUUUGAAGAAAACAAACUUAUUUUUGUCCUUUUCAACUCUCAUGUUGAAUGAAACACCAAUGAUAAAUUUAAAGAGUUAAAUUGUAUAUAAUUUCAUGUUAUAUCUGGAAAGCGAAGGGUUUGUGAUAGGUUUUUACUGUUGAGACAAAAAUAUUUCUUUCUUUCAGAAAGAAUACAUGUAAACACUUGAUUGUACAUUUUUUUAGCAGAUUAUAUAAAGACAUUGAAAUCCUUCACCAAGAAAUAAACUACAGUGGUUUUUCAUAGCUCAAGAAUUACUUGAGAAUGGUUUUAGUUCAUCUUUUAGCAAUUCAUCCAUGUGGAAAAAAUUCACAAAUGCACAUCUUUUUAUAGAAAAAAACCCAACCUGUGUAAAAACCAACCCGUUUAAUCUGUGUAAAAUUCACAAACCAGCCUCUAUGCUUGAAUUGCCAUCAGAAAACAGUCAUUCAGGAAAUUCUUUAUGCAAGAUUAAAUAUUUGACUUGUUCCAUUUAAGACAGUAGUAGCUUUGAGUCAUUAUUGCUGUUGCUUGGAUUGUUGUUCAAAUUAUUCACCUGGGCAAA